UGUGGUCAGAGAUGGAGUCUUUUCAGUCUGUCCCUCUCUUUAUGAUGAUGAUGGUUUUUAUCUCUGCUGGUCCUCUUCCUCCUUCACUCAACAACUCCAGACCUGAUGAUCAGAACACCGCGACACCUCACCUGCUCAACAACAAAGAGGAAAACUCCACCAGAUUUGAGUUUCGUCAAAGCGUCAACGACUCGCUGGGAAACGUCACGCAAGAAGUCACAUCCAACACCUGGGAGAACGAGCCCGGUUCACCUUCUCUCAUGUUUGAUCUUCAACCAGAAAGAUUCGCAACCUACCGCAGAGAAGGCUGUGUCCUCUCCACCUGUCUGACAGCAAACCUCGGCUCCGCCCUGCAGGGCGGGGACGAGACGGCGGGCGGAGCCACCACCGACCCAUUCGGCAUUGGAAAGAAAUGACAGGAAGCAGCUGUUAAACCUACGAAGUCACCAUCAUCAUCAUCGUAACCAUCGACACACCUGCAGCAGAGCCUGAUGGUUUUAUUUUCACCGUGUUAGAAAAUAUCGGAAAUCAAAAAUCAAACGUACCUGUGGAUAAAAAAACUGUCACUACGACUCCCAGGGUGCAUUUAGUCAAAAACGAUCCAGUCAUAGAGCUUCACAUUCUGGUGAUGAGUUUGGGUUUGAAUGCUCCUCCACUCUGCCGUGUGACCAGUCUCUGUUUCAUGGCAACAGCAGCUGAGGCUCAUGGGUAUUGUAGUAUUUACAGACAGCUCAAAGCUCAAACCUGUAAAUAACUGAAACACGCUGUAUGCUGUUCGAAUGAUCCAGGAGACGUUCUGAGUGUCUUCUUCUCAGACUCCUCCAACGUUGAAAAGACAUCACUCGAGCAAAUGAGAGAUGAGAGUCGACGAUAUUCAGCAGGAGGUCCCUCCGAGUCCCCUCUGGACCGGCUUCAUGUUUGGACCGUGGGAGGGAAAUACGAGGAGAGAAUGACAAACGCUUCAGACUCAGUAGUCACAGCCGCGCCUGGUGUACAUCACAGUUUGAGUGGAGAGAAACUGGACCUGAAACCGGGAUCCUGAACAGUCCGGCACAGUGUGACUGUGGUUCAGACUUUUGUUUUUACUUCACUUUUCCUGCUCAAAAGUCUUUUUUAACAUUUGUUUCUGAUUAAUCAGGAUUUUUCUGUCAGUUUGUGCACAGCUCUAAAAACUACAAUACCCAUGAUCCUCUGUGGCUGUUGCUAUGCAGAACAAGCCAGUCGGGGAAUAUGAAGCUCUGUGAUUGGAUGUUUGCUAGUGAAAUGCUCUCCGUAGAUAUUUUCUAACAUGCUGUGUUCACGAGCCUGUUUGUCUGUCAAUAAACAGCAUUUAUUAAACGGACUCAUGGAGUCAAACUAAACAGUGAAUAAAUGAACAGAGAGGACUACAGGAGGUCAGAGAUUAAAGGUCAAAGGUCACACAGACGCUGGUGAAAUCAUAAAGUGACGAUGUUCGUUCUUCACAUGGCUGAUCAACAGGGGGAGUCGCUCAACAACAAACAGAAACCGGCUUUUACUGAUCUCUGCUGAUCACUACUCGUUAGCAGAUCCAUUGAUAGUUGCAUUAAUUCCUCCUGUUCACACUGAUCAGUUCAUUCAACUGAUGUAUUGAUGUAUUGAUCGUGCAGGACGACCGUCUUCUGAUCC